AAUUUAAUCUUCUAAAUGUAUGCUUUUGCAGGAUUGUGCCUGUCUGAUGAUGUGAGGUCCCAACUUGAUGAGCUGAUGAUGGAGGCUCUUUUACUGCAGGUGUCACUGCCUGAGAUGCAGCACAUUUACCAGAUCUCCUGUGCAGCCCAGUACCCUGUAGUGGAAAGUCACCAGCAACGAUCUGAACUGCUGAAUUGCAAACCAGUGGAGGUCAUGCAGUGUCUUGCAGAGACCUGUACUUCUACAGCUGAGGGUGAAGGUUGCUGUUUAAAGCCAAUGAAGAGAGAAGGAAACUGUGAGAAAAAGAAGAGACGGCUUGAAAAAGAUGGUUCAGUGGGUGAAAAGAGAGAAAAAUUGAAAAAACUAAACAAUCCAAAAAAGGGAAAUGUCGAAUUAAACCAGGAAAGAACAAAAAAUUUAAGUUUGGUGAGAAUAGAAGCGGAAAAGUAUUUGGAAUUUCUACAGCCUCAUGAGGCACUGUCAGUGAUAAUGGAGCCUCCAUACUCUGAGCCAGAGGACUCUGAAGAUGAAGAUGCAAUCUGCCCGGCAGAAAGCUGCCAGCAGCCAGAGGGGGAUGAGGUCAGUAUUCAUACGGUUAUUCUUCUACAUUGGAGUAUAAUGAGGUGCAUAAUAGCUUUUGAAUAUUUUAAUCGAAAGGGCUAUAUUUAGCAGAAUAAGG